GUGGAAAUUGUAUGAAUGAAAAGUAAAUUUUUAAAUAGCAAUAUGACUGAGCAGUUAGAUCCUUCUUCUGUUCUUGCUUACUUAAAUGAAAUGGGAUAUUAUAAUAUAUCCACUUUACAAUUGAAAGAAUUCUUAAAAGAUUUAAGGAAACUAAUGAAAUACGAAGAGAAAUGCAACUUUCAAACAAAUACGAAAAAUUACACGGAAGUAGUAUUGGAAAAAUCCGAACAAUUGUAUUCGACUCAAACGAUCAGUUCAAAAGCUAAAACAACCAAAAGAUGUCCAGAUGUAUUAAAAGAAAAUCAAAAUAUAGAUAAAAUAAAGGAGAAUAAAAAUAUUGAAAGUUUAGAAAAAAAACCAUUACUCGAACCUUCUGCGAAAUCUGUAGACGAUAAACCGACUUGUUUAUCAAAUAUUCCAAAUAAAAAAAUUGUUCGCGAAUGUCAAUCUGUACCAGCGAAAUCAGUAACAAGUAAAAAAUCAAUUCCUCGCAUAGUUACAUCUGCGAAAAAUACACAUUUAGAAACUGACCCAGUUAUUUUGUAUCAUCAGUAUAAAAAAGAAUGGGAACGAAAAAAAAUUCCUGGUGAAAACAGUCAUUCAAGAUUGAGAUGGAAAAUUCGACAAAAAAUAUGUCAAUUAUGAAAAUUAAAAUACUUUGUUACGUUUCUAAACAUUUUAUUUGUUUUUAUUUAGUUAGUUUUCUGUUAAUAUAUCAAUAAUUUGUAAUAAAUUGACUA